UCAGCUUCAACUGAUUGUCGUGAAAAGAGCUGUCUGCCUUAAUCAGAAGUCAAGGUUGUAUAUCGGUGCUAGCGAAGAUGGAACUACGAAGCCUGGUCGUUGCUGCCUUUUCCCUUACGGUCCUAAGCACCAUCACAGCUGUUCACGGUGCUAACAUUCUGUGCAUUAUGACUGUUCCUAGUCCAAGCCAUCAUAUUUGGAAUCGCGUUUGGAUGGAAGAACUGGUAGACCGAGGACAUAAUUUAACCACCAUCACAAUGGACAGUGACAUAUCGAAACCCAACCUAACUUACAUUCUCAUGGAAAAUGUAUAUCCUGCAUUGUUGGAAGAUCAGGGUGUAGAUUACGUUGAGAUGUCCAAAGAAUCAGCCUUUAAAACAGUGUUUUCGUUCCUUGACUUUUAUACCAGCGUCUGUGAUGGGGUCCUUAAAUCUAAAGGAAUGGAUGUGAUUAUGGCCUAUCCCAACGCUUUUAAAUUUGAUCUUGUCAUAUAUGACUAUGGCUGUGGACCAUGCCUGCUACCGUUACUGCACAAGUUUAACUACCCUCCAAUGGUGUCCCUAACACCGUUCAAUAACCCUCCAUACUCAGUAGACGUCGUAGGUGGUCAUAAACAUUUUGCGUACACUCCGUACUUUGCUCUAAGCUACGACACAAAGAUGAACUUUCUCCAGCGAGCAUAUAACACGUUAUUGAAUCUCCUCAGCUCGGCAUAUCGUAAUUUCUACAUCGUACCAAACGUAGACCGACUUGUUCGGUCGUACUUCAAGUACACCGACAUGCCUUACCUGGGCGAUCUGGAAACGCGUACCCAACUAAUGCUGGUCAACACCAACCCUGCCAUGGAUGCAUUGGAGGCCCUCCCUCCUAACGUGAUUGCUAUUGGUGGAGCCCAUAUCAAAGAACCCAUGCCGUUACCAGAAGACUUGGAAAGAUUCAUCAGUAGUAGCAAGAAGGGAGCCGUUCUCUUUUCCUUGGGGUCCAACGUUCGAAGUGAUAAAAUCGGUGAACACCGACAGAGAAUGUUUAUCGAAGCAUUCCGACAGAUGCCACAGUAUCAUUUCCUAUGGAAAUUCGAAUCUGAUCUUCAACUUGACUUACCACCAAAUGUGAUCAUCAAACGAUGGAUGCCUCAAAAUAGCAUACUUGCCCAUCCUAAGAUAAGAGCGUUUCUAACACAUUCCGGUGGAUUGAGCACGCAAGAAGCAUCUUGGUUCGGAGUUCCACUCAUUGGGAUGCCAUUUUUCAUGGACCAAAUCAGAAAUUGCCACCGAUCGGUAAGUGCAGGGGUAGCUGAGGCACUCGAUUUUCAAUCUCUAUCUGUUGACAAAAUUCGCAACACAGUUCUUAAGGUACUGGAAACUCCAAAGUAUAAGGAUAACAUGAUUCGAAGGUCAAAAUUCUUCCGCGAUCAACCCGAAAAACCGCUAGACCGAGCAAUAUGGUGGAUUGAGUAUGCUAUUCGAAACCCCGAUUUGACUCACAUGAAAUCUCCUUCGCUGGAUUUAGGAACAGUUCGAUCAAACCUGCUGGAUGUUUAUGCAUUGUAUUUGCUUAUCGUCUUCGGUGCAUUUAAGAUUUUAAAGUGUUUAAUUAAAUCUAUUUGCAAGAGACAAAGUCAUAGAAAGUCUUUGAAACGAGAAUAAAGGAAA